UUUGGAGUCUCGUUCAUGUUUACCCUGUCGGAAACCCAAUCAUUCAGUUCUCGAAGCGCCCACUUGCUCGACCUCCUCCCGCUCCUUUCGUGCUAUGCGCCCGUGGUAGCAGACUCGCUACAUCAACACAACAUUCGGAAGCACCGCACUGUUCCGUAACCACAGCACAGUCGCGGAUCAGAGACUGGCAGAGACUCCCACGCCACCAUCGUUACUUUGCUGAAACAACUCCCACACGGCCUCGUCUCUGCGCGACAGCCUAUCGGCCUACCAUCGAUUCUUCCGUCUUUCGCAACGCAUCGCCGCGUUAUCUGUCAUAUCAAAGGCAAACCUCAGCGCUCAACGGGAACCCACAAAAGGCUCGAGAUAUCUGCGACAUUAUUGCAGCUGGCAGGUCGCACUCUUCCCACGCAGGCCAGGUGCUCAACCUGCAUCGUCCGUGGGCUUGCUGCAGUCCCUGGACACUGCCGCAGAAGCCUAACGUCUCCCUUUUGUACGAUAUGUGAAGAACGAUUGAUAAUGUCUCCCGAUGCCGUGUCGUUGUUGUUUCCCGAUCGGCCUAUUCGGCCCUUGCCGAAACGUCGACUUCGAGAGAGAUUACCUCCAGAGGUCGCCAACUCGAUCAAAUAUCCCUCCUACAUCCACGACCACAUUCCUCUUUUCUACUAUCCCUCAUACACUACAAAGGACGAUAAUGGGGCACCACCACCGACAUCGACCGCAUCUGCCAUGCCACAUCACCAUGCCGAUUCCAGGCGCCACUCCACGCUGCGGCGGCAUGGGGCUGCUAUGACAGUGGGAAUAAACGAAGAACUGCGGGGGUCGCUGGUCUUAGGUUCAACGCCCAGAAUUCAAGGCAUGGUCAUACAGUCCUCGGUGGUUCUGGACCCGAUUCGCCAGACGAUGGAAUUUCAACUGGUACCGUCCGCCGCUUCAUCUGUGGAUGGCUACGAGUCGUUUGAAAAUACGAAUAACAAAAAGAAGCGGAAAAUUCCCACCACCGGAGACUCCUUGGCAAGUAAUGGCCUUUCUUUGAGCAGUGAUGUUACCGCGCUCUCGACAGCGGUCAGAUCCCAGUCGCCGGCGAAGGAGACGGACAACAACAAAGGGCAGCUGCUCCCACCAAACUCGGUUGGAAAUGGGUCUUAUGUACCGGGCAGUCAGGGGCUGUCGGGGCCUGGUAGGGGGAGGCUCGGACGGUCGAGCAACGGACGCAGCCCCUUGCGAGCUCUGUCAGAUGGAAGCAACGCGUGGUCCAGCCGCUCGAAAGCUACUGGUCAGAACGGAGGUGGUAUAAUAUCGAACGCAAUCGCUACUGCUGGAAAAGAGCCUCUUCAGGGACAGGAGAACAGAAGUCUUUUGCAACAACGCGGGGCUGCGGACAGGGAAAUACCCACCUCCUCCCAGUUUACGUUUACCUGUGAAUCGCAGACUCCCGGAGCCAUACAGUGGCCCGGUAAGUCACACUCUACCUCGUUGCAGCAUUUACCAGCUGGCGCCCCUGCGAGCCCGGGCCAACGUGAGGGAAACUCGUCGAAGCAAGUCAGUAGAGUCCCUGCUAGCUCUUCCAGGAAAACUCGCAGUCGCCUAGAAAAGGAGCUCGCUGCUGCUGCGCGUACUCGACGCCAGAUUGCGACAGAGAAUUAUUACCACAACUUGGUGAAUCCCGAGGAUAUCUGGAUUUGCGAGUUCUGCGAGUACGAGCGCAUCUUUGGCGAACCCCCACGCACCCUAAUUCGAGACUACGAGAUCAAGGAUCGUCGGCAACGUCAGGAGGAAGCGGACCGAAAGCGACUCCUAGAGAAGGCCAAAGCGAAAAGCAGAAAGGGAAAGAAAGCUGGUAAAGCAGCGGCAAAAGGCGGCCAUACGUCGGAACAUGUCCCAGAUCAA